GGUGAAGCCGAAGUGCUCGAACACCUUCAAGGCUCACCUCGGGAAGUGCAGUGAAUUCCCUUUGGACCAAUAGGAUUAUCCCACAAAGGAGGAAUCCAAUCAAUCAAUCCAUCCAUCCAGCUUUACAGUCAAGCCGCGCAGUAGGACCUCGAUGAGUUGAGGCUACUGAAGUUGCUUCGCUACGGAAGUUGCUUGUAUCGGCUACCGUGAGACAGCAGCAGCAGCAGCAGAAUCCAAAUGAGCUAUUGACCCGUUUAAUCGCCCGAUCGCCAAGCCGUUCCCCCGCGUAGCUCAUUACCGACGAUGGCUGCAGGGUCGCAGUCGCGGCAGCAGCAGCGGCGGCUGCAAUGAAUUCGUUCGCUUGUUAAAAUGUUUUGAUUUUGCGAAAGUCCAACGAGAAAGUGUUGCGGCAACAGCAUGAUCGAACUCGACUCUGACAGUAUCAAGUACGCGGACGCGGACUCACUGUAUGAGGCACUCUUCCUCACUCUCGAAGCCAUCCUGCCCAACCAGGAUGAGAACCGACUGUCGCCGAGGCACGCCGUCAUCCCGAAAGGCAAAGGUGCCAUCAGCACAGUGCGGGACUUCGUCGAAAGCACUAUCGUACUGCGAAAAGUUCAACAGGAACUGGGCCUCAGCAUAACCGGAGGGUCGGACACUUAUCUCGAUGCCGUCUGCGUGUCGGAAGUGCACCAGGACGGAGCCGCGUACCAAGAUGGGCGUCUCAAGAAGGGAGACGUCAUUCUCGCGGUGAACGAGAUGUCGAUGCGCGAAGUGACUUCAGCUGACGCGGUCAGAGUACUCCGGGAUGCUUCUUCUCCAGUGCGCCUCAUGAUACUUCGAGAGAACCCUCAGAUUCUUUUUACGUCGAGCGAAAAACCUUCGAAGUUCAUCACAGUAGAGCUCCACAAGUCUAGCGUCAAAGACCACUUAGGGCUGAGCUUCAUUCAAAGGACGAACGGACGAGGCGUCUUCGUCACGUAUAUACAACCGGGGAGCAUCGCGGCCCGUUGCCGCCGAAUAAACCAGGGGGACAGAAUUAUGGAGAUCAAUGGAGUCAACGUGUACAAUUCGAAUCAGAAAGAUGUCGCCGAGAUGAUCAGGAAUAUGGACGGAGCCAUCGUACUAUUACUGGGAAGAGUUCCUGGCUUGACCUCGCGAAUCCAAGAGUGGGCCCGCAGGAAGUCCCAGCAAUCGCUGCGAACGAGAACGUCUACCUGGUCGUCAUACACCGGUAACAACAAAGAGAAACUCCAGAUACAACGUCCAUCGUUGCCGCUGUCCUCAGAAAGUUACGUGGUCUCCUUCGGGAACACGGUGGCGUCGAUGCUCGUAGCCACUUCGACUCCAAGCGGUACCGGGAGCCGCAGUCGAGAUAUAUCACCCUCACCCAGCAUUAGGAGGUCUAGACUAUCGAUAGUGUCAGAAAACACGAAUAUGAAUGAUUUGGAAGAACUUCAACGGAAACAACAAAAGCGAGGGACCAAAGACCGAGCUUCGACGAGUUCGGACACCGCGCUCACGGAGGGGGCGAAAGCAGCAUUAAAAGCCAAAGAUAAGACCGCCGUCGGACGAACCCUAAGCGCAAACUAUUCCGAAACGAAAAAAGGAAAAGAACCCGCGCGCAACGUCCCUAGCAUCAAAAUCACAGUGUUCUAAGAACUUGUACAAUGUAUAUAGUAGAGCAUCGUCCCGCCAGGACAGAGGGGAACGGAAUCAUGGGUGGGACGAUCUUAUAGGUUCUCCGUGACCUUGGUUUCCUGAGCGCGAGGAAUUCCUAACGAGGCGCGGAUAGAAUUAGGUUCAUCAGGUACCAGAUGAAAAAACAUCGUGUUGAGCCCCGUGCUGUCAUGCAACGAACACAGAUCGUUUCUACUCGACUACCAUUUUCGUGGUUAGGAUCGACGUUAAGCUUAGGGUCGAGCUCAGAUCUAACUGAGCGCCUCUGUCUGAUGCAGAUUUUCCAGUCUUUGUAGGGUAUGUCCAUCUCAGCUGACAGUAGCGAUCACUUUUUGGAAGAUCGUCUUUCUCCGUGGAGGGAAUAAAAAAAAAUUCACAUCGCAAUAAAUAUAUUGACCAU